AUGGUUUAUCCGAAGAUGAGAUUGAUCUGUAUUUGCCUUCUGGUGCUGGGGGUCCUUUGUUUGUAUUUUAGCAUGAACAAUUUGAGUCCUUUCAAAGAACAGUCCUUUGUUUACAAGAAGGAGUACGGGAACUUCCUUCAGCUCCCAGACAUAGACUGCAGGCAGAAUCCCCCCUUCCUGGUCCUGCUGGUGACGUCUUCCCAUAAGCAGCUGGCUGCUCGCAUGGCCAUCCGGCAGACGUGGGGCAAAGAAAGGAUCGUGAAGGGCAAACGGCUGAAAACAUUCUUCCUCCUGGGGACCACGAGCAGUCAGGACGAAAUGAGGGCGGUGGCCCAGGAAGGCCAGCUGCAUGGAGAUAUCAUCCAGAAGGACUUCGUGGAUGUCUACUACAAUUUGACUCUGAAGACCAUGAUGGGCAUAGAAUGGGUCCAUCAUUUUUGUCCUCAGGCAGCGUUUGUGAUGAAAACAGACUCAGACAUGUUCGUCAAUGUCUACUAUCUGACCGAACUACUUUUGAAGAAAAACAGAACCACUAGGUUUUUCACCGGCUACUUAAAACUGAACGAAUUUCCCAUUAGGAAAAAGUUCAGCAAGUGGUUUGUCAGUAAGUUUGAAUACCCGUGGGACAGGUACCCGCCCUUCUGCUCAGGCACCGGCUACGUCUUUUCCAGCGAUGUGGCGAGCCAGGUGUACAAUGUCUCCGAGAGCGUCCCAUACAUCAAACUGGAGGAUGUGUUCGUGGGGCUGUGCCUGGAGAAGCUGAAGAUCAGGCUGGAGGCACUGCAUUCAAAACAGACCUUCUUCCCUGAGGGCUUGCGCUUCUCUAUCUGCCGCUUCAGGAAAAUCGUGGCUUGCCAUUUUAUCAAGUCCCAAGAGCUCCUGCUCUACUGGCAGGCUCUGGAGAAUUCCCGGGAGGAGGAUUGUCCGCCGGUCUGA